UUGCAGUGGUGGUGGUGGUGGUGGUGAGAUCUAGCUUGGUUGGUUGGUUGCAGCUGGAGAUCGAUCGGGAUGGGGAGGGGUCGGGUGGAGCUGAAGAGGAUCGAGAACAAGAUCAACCGGCAGGUGACGUUCGCCAAGCGCAGGAAUGGCCUGCUCAAGAAGGCGUACGAGCUCUCCGUCCUCUGCGACGCCGAGGUCGCCCUCAUCAUCUUCUCCAACCGCGGCAAGCUCUACGAGUUCUGCAGCACCCAGAGCAUGACUAAAACGCUUGAGAAGUAUCAGAAAUGCAGUUACGCAGGACCCGAAACAGCUGUCCAAAAUAGAGAAAGUGAGCAAUUGAAAGCUAGCCGCAAUGAAUACCUCAAACUGAAGGCAAGGGUUGAAAAUUUACAACGGACUCAAAGAAAUUUGCUGGGUGAAGAUCUUGAUUCAUUAGGCAUAAAAGAGCUCGAGAGCCUAGAGAAGCAGCUUGAUUCAUCCCUGAAGCACGUCAGAACUACAAGGACAAAACAUCUGGUUGACCAACUGACGGAGCUUCAGAGAAAGGAACAAAUGGUUUCUGAAGCAAAUAGAUGCCUUAGGAGAAAACUGGAGGAAAGCAACCAUGUUCGCGGGCAGCAAGUGUGGGAGCAGGGCUGCAACUUAAUUGGCUAUGAACGUCAGCCUGAAGUGCAGCAGCCUCUUCACGGCGGCAAUGGGUUCUUCCAUCCACUUGAUGCUGCUGGUGAACCCACCCUUCAGAUUGGGUACCCUGCAGAGCAUCAUGAGGCGAUGAACAGUGCGUGCAUGAACACCUACAUGCCCCCAUGGCUACCAUGAUGAUGACGGGGACAAUGAAUUACGAAAUAACAAGGAUAUGUGGCAUAUAUGUGGUGCCGCAUACAUGCAUGUAUCAUGGCUAGCUACUUAAUUGGAGUGAUGGAUUUGAACUAGUUUCGUAUGUAGCCUGUUUGUGUGUAACUUGUGUGAGAUACUACCUUAAAAACUAUCGGUGUCUGUUGAACAUAUUCUGCGAUCAACUUUAAGCGUAUUAUUAUCAUUUUCAUUCCA